CUCAAAAGCAGGAAUUGAGGCCAUAGCAGACCAGGCAACCUACAUCGCCAACCAGUUUUCUUUUGAGUCGACUCAAACAAAAGCAGGAAUUGAGGCCAUAGCAGACCAGGCAACCUACAUCGCCAACCAGUUUUUCCGUGUGUUGCUUUUGAGUAAACUCAGAAGCUACCCCACAUGUGGCUCCCCUCCCCUGCUCAACAUGUCCCAUCUUUAUCUCUCACAGUCCCAACUCGUGGCUCUUAGCAAUGAAACAGACUGCUACGAGGCUUGAAGAAGCAGGGAGGGUGGAGGCCAUAGUGGACCAGACGCCCUGCAUAGCGCAGUUCAGCAACCAGCUCUGCAACGUGCUCAUGAUAGAACGUGUUUCUGUCCCUCCAUGCUCCCAAACCCUAAACUGUAUACCCUAAACCUCUUGCAGUCUCAGCUGGUGGCCCUCAACAGCGAGGCAGACUACUACGAGGCGUUGACCACUGGAAAAGUGAACGCCAUAGUGGACCAGGCGCCCUACAUAGAGCAGUUCAGCAACCAGUACUGCAACGUGCUCAUCACCGAGCAGAACCUCCGCAACAUCUUCCUUGCCUUUGCAUUCCCCCUGGGGUCCCACCUGGCUGAUGACGUGGCACAUGCUGUUCUCCACGUGGCACAGAGUGGGCAGCUGCAGCGAAUACGAGCUGACGCCUUCGAGACGAAUGGCACGUGCAACGCCGCAUCAGCAACAUCCCUUCAACUCGGCUUCCGCAGUUUCAGUGGCACUCUGCUGGUGUACCUGGGGGUGUCGCUGGGGGCCUGCCUGCUUCUUGCUCUGGUCAUCAUAGUGCAAGGCGUGCGAGUGCACGUGAACAUGCGGGAAGCACAACAGAACCCCACAUUUCCCACCACCGCAACAGCUGAUGAUAAGGGUGGGAAGGACUGGAAGGGUAGCAAAGAUGGCACGUGCAAGAGACCAGAGAUGGAGCCUCUAAACGGAGGUGACUGUAACGGGAAGCCAAGUGUUCCUAAUGGUUCUUCUGACUCUAAUAAGACAGGACUGAGGGUUAGUAAAGCCCUCCCUAGGAGCUUUGUCUUCGAGGGUUUGGUAGGGGAGGAGGGGUUGGAAAUGUGGGAGGGAGGGAGCAUAGCAGAGGAAGAAGAGGGAGAGGAGGAGGAUGAGGUUGAAAUACACCAUCAGAAAAUGACGCAGCAGCACCAGCAGCAGCACCAGCAGGUGAAGCAGCAGCAUGCCUGCCGGCCAAUCAAGCGGGAGGAAGUGAAGCAGCGGCCGUGGCGGCAGCGGCAGCAGCGGUGUUUGAAGGACGACGAGGAGAUCGAAACAGAGGGUGUUGGCUCUGCUUUGCAGCAGCAGCAGCAGCAGGGGCGACGGAAGCAGCUUACAGUCUCAUUCAAGCGCGCGGUGCAAUUCAGCAGCAGGGGUGACACCGGCAGGGGGGACACAGGCAGGGGAGACACCGGCAGGGGUGACACCAAGAGGGGAGGCGAGGGCAGCUACAGCGACCGAUCGUGGUCGGAUUUGACCCGAGUGAAGAUCCAGUUGCACCAGUCGUGGUCCGAGCUGGUCUCCAUAUUUAACGAUGGCUCCACCAUACUUUCCGGCCACUCGGCAUCUGGUAGCAGCCCAUUUUCUCGCCAUAACACCGCCUCUGAAACCAGCCCGUUCACUCGCCACAAGACCAUUUCCGGCCACUCUGCCACGGGCAGCAGCCCGUUCACUCGCCACAAGACCAUUUCCGGCCACUCUGCCACGGGCAGCAGCCCGUUCACUCGCCACAACACCAUGUCUGACAGCAGCCCUAUAUCUCUCUCACACCGGGCAGCAUCCAUCGGCCAUAUGCCCACUGCUUCCAGUUACUCUCUCCCGUCCCUCGGAAGCAGGGGGAGUCUCGGCAGUGUGCGGCGCAGCAUUGGUGGUGCGGACCCCUCGUUGCCCCGCGCCUCCAGUGGGAGCGGCAAUGGCAACAGCAACGUCAACAUCAACAUCAACGCCAUCCGUGGGGGUGGUAACCAUGCAUUACACCGUGCAACCAGCAGCAGCAGCGUCAUCAGGGGCUCUGAUACCAUGUCCGUGCGCCACGGAGCCAUACCCAGCCCUGCCAGCCUCCCGAACCUACACAGGGUCGGGUCCGGAAGCGGCAGGUCCGGAGCAAGCAGCAGCUCCAGGAUCGGCAACCCAUCAACCACGGAAGCUCUAGGUUUGAGCCCAAGCCUAGCUGGCCAGUUCGGAACGCCGAACAGGGUAGGACUUUUAGUGACCAUGAGCCCACAUGGGGGCUCGUUAGGUGGUGGGGUUCUAGAGGAAGGACCGCGGCGCCGGUCCGUGCUAACUAUUGACUUGAACGCUGAUAAUGACGACGAUGCUAACAGAGAGGAGACAUGGGCGGAAGCUCCAGAAGCGGGCGCUGGUAGAUUUAAGGCCGGCCUGUCCCAGGCCAAUCAGCAAGCGACACCUGGCAGGUCACCUGCACCGGCCGAGCCUGGCUUCCGAGGCUUGGUCCGAACCACAGCCAUGGCGACGAGCACGAGCCAGAUGGACCGGCAGGGUCGGGGGAAGGCCUGGCAGAAGAAGCUGAGGGAGCAGAGGGAGAGAGUAGCCGCGAUGGGGACUUUCCACCACGAUUUGCUUCAGCAGAUGGCGGAUCGGAACUCUCAAGUGAUCGACAAACUCAAAGGGAUGGGGAGGCAGAUGCCGUACGGGGAGACGGUGGAGGAGGGGGGGGGUAUGGGCGGUUUGAGAGCGGCGAGUAGUCGGUCGCUUGGGGACCAUUCGGGGAGUAGUCGGUCACUCGGAGGGGUUUCUGUGGCUUCCGGGAGGAGAAUGGUGCAUGUGGCAUCAGAACCAUCCCGCGUGCUGGAUUUGAGGUCUGUAUUGGAAGAAGUAGUUAGUUAAAACGUACGAACCGUAUUGGUGUGUCCACUGGUUUUGAUUGAGGUGCCUCAAAAGCACUUGUGGUAUCAGAGUGGGCUAGUGCGGUUCUUUCUGGCCACCAUGCUCGUCAUCAUGGUUGAGGCGCCUUCAUAAGUAAAAGGAAGCUGGAGUUUGACUCAACGACCUU